CCCGCGCCGCCCGGCGCCUGAAAGGAGAGGCCCGCGCGUCUCCCGCCCCGCCUCGGUCCGUGGGCUGCUCGGUUGGGCUCCCAGGCGGUUUUGAUGGCCUCCUGGCUCUACUGCUGCAAUGAAGAAAGGUCUUCAACAAAAAGUCAUCUCCAGAGCAAAGGUGCCGCCAUCAUCUCUCUCUCGUAGUCCACCAUCUCUUAUGUCCAAUAUGAGAUCUAGGUCACUUUCACCUUUACUUGGAUCUGAGGCUUUGCCUUUUUGUUCUGGAGGACAGUGGUGUGAGCAAGUGGAUUUCACAGAUGAAAGUGGUAUGCUUUUGGACUACCAAGACCAUAAAGGAGCUGAUUCAUGUGCAGGUGUCCGAUACAUUACAGAGGCCCUCAUUAAAAAACUCACUAAACAAGACAAUUUGGCCUUGGUAAAAUCUCUGAACCUUUCACUUUCUAAAGAUGGUGGCAAGAAAUUUAGGUAUAUCGAGAAUUUGGAAAAAUGUAUUAAACUUGAAGUACUGAAUCUCAGCUGUAAUCUAAUAGGGAAGAUUGAGAAAGUGGAUAAGCUGUUGAAGUUACGGGAACUCAACUUGUCAUAUAAUAAAAUCAGCAAAAUUGAAGGCAUAGAAAAUUUGUGUAAUCUACAAAAGCUAAACCUUGCAGGAAAUGAAAUUGAGCAUAUUCCAGUAUGGUUAGGUAAAAAAUUAAAAUCUUUACGAGUCCUUAAUCUAAAAGGCAACAAGAUAUCAUCGCUCCAGAAUGUAAGCAGGUUGAAACCACUUCAAGAUUUGACUUCUCUGAUCCUAGUUGAAAACCCAAUUGUGGCCCUUCCUCAUUACCUCCAGUUUACUAUAUUCCAUCUCCGUUCAUUGGAAAGUUUGGAAGGUCAACCAGUAACCACUCAGGAUAGACAUGAGGCUUUUGAAAGAUUCAGUCUAGAAGAGAUAGAAAGACUGGAAAAAGACCUAGAAAGGAAGAUGAUGGAAACCGAAGAACUUAAAAGCAAGCACACAAAGUUCCUUGAGGAAAUUAAAAAUCAAGAUAAACUGAAUAAAACAUUAAAAGAGGAGGCCAUGUUACAUAAGCAGAACUUUGAGGAGCUAGAGAGUGACCUAAACACAAAAAAUGAAUUGCUAAAACAGAAGACCAUGGAACUAACACGAGCAUGUCAGAAGCAAUAUGAGCUAGAACAGGAAUUGGCCUUUUAUAAAAUUGAUGCUAAAUUUGAGCCACUAAAUUAUUAUCCAUCAGAGUAUGUUGAAAUUGAUAAAGCCCCAGAUGAAAGCCCUUACAUUGGCAAAUCUAGGUACAAGAGGAAUAUGUUUGCUACGGAGAGUUACAUUGUCCAUAAUGCAGUACAGAUGAAGAUGAUGGAGCCACGUGAAGGAGAACAACUUAGAAAUGAACAUAUGAACCUAAGAGCCCAUUCACCACUGGAUAUACAACUAGAGGACAAAGGGGAAAAAAUAAGCACAGCACAAACUCGACUGUCACAACUGCAGGAUGAAAUAGAAAAGGCUGAACAAAAAAUUUUAAGAGCUACUGAAGAAUUUAAGCAACUGGAAGAAGCCAUCCAACUAAAAAAAAUUUCAGAAGCAGAGAAGGACCUCCUUUUCAAGCAGUUGAGUGGUAGAAUACAACUUGUAAAUAAAUUACGCCAGGAAGCUAUGGAUCUGGAAGUGCAGAUGGAAAAGCAAAGGCAAGAUAUUGCUGAAAAGCAGGAGGAGAUCAAUGACCUGCAAAUGGCCAUAGAUAACCUGGAUUCCAAAGAUCCAAAGCAUUCCCAUAUGAAGGCUCAGAAAAGGGGUAAGGAACAACAGCUUGACAUUAUGAACAAGCAGUACAAACAACUUGAAAGCCGUUUGGAUGAGAUACUUUCUAGAAUCGCUAAGGAGACUGAAGAGAUAAAGGACCUUGAACAACAGCUUACUGAAGGCCAAAUAGCAGCAAAUGAAGCCCUGAAGAAGGACUUAGAAGGUGUCAUCAGUGGGUUGCAGGAAUACCUGGGGGCUGUGAAAAGCCAGGCAACUCAGGCCCAGAAUGAAUGCAGGAAGCUACAGGAUGAAAAAGAGACAUUGAUGCAGAGAUUGACCCAAGUCGAGCAGGAAAGGGACCAGCUGGAAAUAGUGGCCAUGGAUGCAGAAAAUAUGAGGAAGGAGCUUGCAGAGCUGGAAACUGCCCUCCAGGAGCAGCAUGAGGUGAAUGCGUCCUUGCAACAGGCUCAAGGAGAUCUCGGUGCCUAUGAAGCUGAACUAGAGGCUCAGCUGAAAAUACGGGAUGCUGAAGCCAGCCAGCUCAAGGAAGAGCUGGAAAAGCUCACAAGGUUUACCCAGUUAGAACAGUCCGCCCUUCAAGCAGAACUUGAAAAGGAAAAGAAAGCCCUCAAGGAUGCCCUCGGAAAAGUCCAGUUCUCAGAAGAAAAGGAACAAGAGAACAGUGAACUCCGCACAAAACUUAAACAACUGCAGGAUGACAAUGACUUGUUAAAACAGCAACUUACAGAUUUCCAGAAUCAUCUUAACUGUGUGGUUGAUGGUUUGAUUCGCCCAGAAGAAGUGGCAGCUCGUGUGGAUGAGCUAAAGAGAAAACUGAAAUUAGGAACUGGUAAAAUGAGAAUCCAUAGUCCUUCAGAUAUCUUAGGGAAAAGUCUUGCUGAUUUACAGAAACAGUUCAGUGAAAUCCUUGCACGCUCCCAGUGGGAACGAGAGGAAGCACAAGUUAGAGAGCGCAAACUCCAGGAAGAAAUGGCUCUGCAGCAAGAGGAACUGGCACACGGACAAGAGGAGUUCAGGCGGGCCUGUGAGAGAGCCCUUGAAGCAAGGAUUAAUUUUGAUAAGAGGCAACAUGAUGCAAGAAUCCAGCAGUUGGAGAGUGAAAUCCACUAUCUGCAAGAAAAUCUGAAAAGUAUGGAGGAAAUUCAAGGCCUAACAGAUCUUCAACUUCAAGAGGCUGAUGAUGAAAAGGAGAGAAUUCUGGCCCAGCUUCAAGAGUUAGAGAAAAAGAAGAAACUUGAAGAUGCCAAAUCUCAGGAGCAGUUUCUUGGUUUAAAUAAAGAACUGAAGAAACUGAAGAAAGCUGUUGCUGCCUCUGAUAAACUCGCCGCAGCUGAGCUCACUGUUGCCAAAGACCAGCUGAAGUCCUUGCAUGGAACAGUUAUGAAAAUUAACCAGGAGCGAGCAGAGGAGCUGCAGGAGGCGGAGAGGUUCAGCAGAAAGGCAGAGCGUGCGGCCAGGGAUCUGACCCGAGCAGAAGCAGAGAUCGAGCUCCUACAGCAUCUUCUCAGGGAGAAAGAGGAGCAGUUUCGAAUUGAAGAAAAAGCAAAUGUAGGGACUGGAGAAGCGAAUGCACAGGUGCUAGAGACUGAGAAACUGAAUGAGACAAUGGAGAGACAAAGGACAGAGAUUGCAAGGCUGCGGAAUUUACUAAACCUCACUGGGGCUGACAACAAAGGAAGCAUUGAAAAUGUUUUAGAAGAAAUUGCUGAACUCCGCCGUGAAGUUUCUUGUCAGAAUGAUUACAUCAGCAGCAUGGUAGAUCCUUUCAAAAGACGAGGCUGUUGGUAUUUUAUGCCGCCACCACCCUCAUCAAAGGUGUCCAGCCAUAGUUCCCAGGCCACCAAAGACUCUGGAGUUGGCCUGAAGUACACAGCCUCAACUCCUAUUAGAAAACCACGUCCUGGACAGCAAGAUGGGAAGGAAGGUAGUGGGCUUCCACCUGCCUCAGGAUACUGGGUCUAUUCUCCCAUAAGAAGUGGGUUAUAUAAGUCAUUUUCAAAUAAAGAUGCAGACAGCGAAGGAGGUAGCCAGGAAGAGAGUGAGCUGGAUGACCAAGAAGAACCCCCAUUUGUGCCUCCUCCUGGAUACAUGAUGUAUACUGUGCUUCCUGAUGGCUCUCCUGUACCCCAGGGCAUGGCCUUGUAUGCACCACCGCCUCCUUUGCCCAAUAACAGUCGGCCUCUCACUCCCGGCACUGUUGUUUUUGGCCCACCUCCUGCUGGGGUCCCCAUUGUGUAUGGGCCUCCGCCAGCCAACUUCUCCAUUCCCCUCAUCCCUAUGGGUGUGCUGCAUUGCAACGUGCCAGAGCAUCAUAACUUAGAGAAUGAAGUUUCCAGAUUAGAAGACAUAAUGCAGCAUUUAAAAUCAAAGCGACAUGAAGAACGGUGGAUGAGAGCAUCCAAACGGCAGUCUGAGAAAGAAAUGGAAGAACUGCAUCAUAAUAUCGAUGCUCUUUUGCAAGAGAAGAAAGACUUAGAGCAUGAAGUAGAAGAAUUACAUAGAACUAUCCAGAAACAUCAGCAGCGAAAGGACUUCAUUGAUGGAAAUGUUGAGAGUCUUAUGACGGAACUAGAAAUAGAGAAAUCACUCAAACACCAUGAAAAUAUUAUAGACGAAAUCGAGUGCAUUGAGAAGACUCUACUGAAACGUCGCUCAGAGCUCAGGGAAGCUGAUCGCCUCCUCGCGGAGGCUGAGAGUGAGCUUUCAAGCACAAAAGAGAAGACAAAAAAUGCUGUUGAAAAGUUCACUGAUGCCAAGAAAAAUUUAUUGGAAACCGAGUCAGAUGCUGAGGAGUUAGAAAGGAGAGCUCAGGAAACUGCUGUUAACCUUGUCAAAGCUGAUCAGCAGCUAAGAUUGCUCCAGGCUGAUGCAAAGGAUUUGGAGCAGCACAAAAUUAAGCAAGAAGAAAUCUUGAAAGAAAUAAACAAAGUUGUAGCAGCAAAAGACUCAGACUUACAGUGCUUAAACAAGAAAAAAGAACAACUGACAGAAGAGCUUCAGAAACUGCAGAAAGACAUCGAGACAGCAGAACACAGUGAGGAUCACCACCUGCAGGUCCUUAAGGAAUCGGAGACCCUCCUUCAGGCUAAGCGAGCUGAAUUGGAAAAGCUGAAAAGCCAGGUGGCGAGUCAACAGCAGGAGAUGACUGUCUUAGACAAGCAGCUGGCACAUAAAAAGGAGGAGCUGCAGCUCCUCCAAGAAAGUCUGAUCCAGGCAAAAGCUGACCUCCAGGAAGCUCUAAGACUGGGAGAAACUGAAGUAGCUGAGAAAUGCAGUCAUAUCAGGGAAGUAAAGUCUCUUCUGGAAGAACUGAGUUUUCAGAAAGGAGAACUGAAUGUCCAGAUUAGUGAAAAAAAAACACAACUUGCACUUAUAAAGCAGGAAAUUGAAAAAGAGGAAGAAAAUCUUCAGGUGGUUUCAGGGCAAAUGUCUAAACAUAAAGCUGAACUGAAGAAUAUUCUGGACAUACUGCAAUUGGAAAACAAUGAGCUACAAGGUUUGAAGCUACAACAUGAUCAGAAGGUGGCUGACUUAGAGAAGAUUCAGGGUGAAGUGCUACAGGAAAAACUGCUAUUGGAGAAUUUGCAGCAGACAGCCCAGCAACAGAAAGCGGAGAUAGAAUGGCAGAAGCAGCUCUUUGAGAGGGACAAACGGGAAAUAGAGCGAAUGACUGUUGAAAUCCGAGCACUACAACCAUGUGUGGAAUGUUUGAGCAAAGAAAAGGAAGAUCUCCAAGACAAGUGUGACAGCUGGGAAAAGAAACUGGCACAAACCAAAAGGGUUUUAGCAGCUACAGAAGAAACUAACAGAAUGGAGCAGUCAAACUUAGAAACGUUGGAACUUCAAGUGAGAAGGCUGCAGCAGGAACUAGAGCGCCUACAUGGAGACAAGCUCUCGGCACAGCAGGGCAUCUCGGCAGCACAGCAGCAGCUGCAAGAAAAACAAGAAGCAGUAAAAUCACUACAAGAGGAACUAACUAAUGUUCAAGACCAUUUGAAUGUAGCCAAACAGGACCUGCUUCACACCUCCAAGCGCCGGGACACACUGCUGGGUGAGCAGAGCCAGCUGCAGGAGGACAUCAGUGAAUGGAUAAAGAGGUUCGAGAACUGUCAGAAAGAAGAGGAGGCGAAACAGCAGCAACUGCAGCUGCUUCAGAAUGAGAUUGAAGAAAACCAGCUCAAACUAGAGCAGCAGGAAACGAUGCUUCAGAAACUUCAGAAAGAGAGAGAGAGUGAAGAAAAAACAUGGGAAGACAGUAAAGUGACACUGACAGAGCAGCAGCUCCAGCUGGAGAGGGAGUUGGCACAUCAGCAGAGCAGGCUGGACCAGAUGCGCACAGAGGUGCUGGCGGCCGAAGAGCGGGUCAGGACUCUGCAGGAAGAGGAGAGGUGGGGUGAGAGUCUCGAGAAGACGCUGUCCCAAACAAAACGGCAGCUGUCCGAACGGGAGCAGCAGUUAAUUGAAAAGUCAAGUGAGCUGCGGGCGCUGCAGAAAGAGACGGACUGUAUGAGGGCAGACUUCAGCCUCCUGCGGAACCAGUUCUUGACAGAAAGAAAGCAGGCCCAGAAGCAGGUGGCCAGCCUGAAGGAGGCGCUCAAGACUCAGCGGAGCCAACUGGAAAAAAGUCUUCUGGAGCAAAAAAAGGAGAACAGUUGUAUACAAAAGGAAAUGGCGACAAUCGAACUGGUAGCCCAGGACAACCAUGAGCGGGCCAGGCGCCUGAUGAAAGAGCUCAACCAGAUGCAGCACGAGUACCUGGAGCUCCAGAAACAGGUGGAAAACCAAAAAGAUCUGGAGAGAAGACAAAUGGAAAUCAGUGACGCCAUGAGGACUCUGAAGUCUGAGGUGAAAGAUGAAAUCAGAACCAGCUUGAAGAAUCUCAACCAGUUUCUUCCAGAACUACCAGCAGAUCUGGAAGCGAUUUUGGAAAGAAAUGAAAACCUAGGAGAGUUGGAAAGUCUGAAAGAGAAUUUCCCAUUUACCAUGAACGAGAGACCUUUUGAAGACAAACUGAACUUCUCCCAUGUUCACAUAAAGGACACGCACUGGCGCGGAGAAGCGCUGCGAGAGAAGCUGCGUCACCGGGAAGACCGACUCAAGGCCCAGCUUCGCCACUGUAUGUCCAAGCAAGCAGAAGUACUGAUUAAAGGGAAGCGGCAGACGGAGGGCACCCUGCACAGCCUGAGGAGACAAGUCGAUGCGUUAGGGGAGCUGGUCACCAGCACCUCUGCGGAUUCAGCAUCGUCACCCAGCCUGUCUCAGCUGGAGUCUUCCCUCGCAGACGACUCUCAGUGUGGACACAGUAAGAUCUUCCAUCACGGUCCAUCAGAGCCGUCAGACAGUUACUAACACUGAUGCCAUCCCCAGCUUUCUCACAGGAAACAUGACUGAGCCAAGAUGAAAAAUCCCAUCACUGGCAUAAAUGUAUCUAAGGAAAUACCUUCUCUGCUACCUCACUCACUCACUCUAGUUGGAAUGCCACUUGAUUUUUCUGAGAUUAUGGGAACAAAGAUGCUAAAAUGCCACUCUAGUUUUUUUGCUUGUACCAUCAAUGCCAGCAUUUUUUUGUGAAUCACUUGUAUAUAUGGGAAUAGUUGUAUACAUUUUAAACUGGGGUCCUACAGUGUUUAAUUAUUAAAUGUUUUUAUAAAACCAAUGUAGAUUUUUAACUGCAUAUUUCAAUCUACAAACUAGUAAAUCUAGUUACAAAGAAAAGAAUGUACUUUAGCCCCUCUUCAUGUAUACAGUUAUUUUUGGAUUUUACCUAAAAUUUAUUUUUCAUAUAAAAAUAAAAGAUAUA